AAUAAUGGAGCCGGAUACAAUGCGGAUCCAGGGAGUGGCGCUAGAGUGUCAGAACCAAGUGCGGAAGUGGAAAAACUAAAGCGCGAGCAGGAGGCGAUGCAAAUGCAAAUUCAAAUUCAAAAGCAGGCGAUUGAACUUGAAAAGCUAAGGCUCGCGGCAGAGAAGCAAAAGCUAGAAGCAGAAGCACUCAAGGAGAGACGCGUGCGGAACCUGCGUAACAAUGUGGUGCAUCUCGAUGGAGGAGAAGGAAAAGAUGGGAACCAACGAGGUGGACAUGCAGACGGUGCCCAUAUUGGAAAAAGUAGCAGCGGUGUGAACAAGAAAAGACUCCGUAGACGUGAGACGCCUACUACUCCGCCACCGGCUGGGUCACAAUCUACACCUUCUGCCUAUGGAGAAGACGAAAAUCGUGACAAUCUAGCGGGAGCUCUAGCAGGCACCUACUCCAAGGGAUAUAUGGAUCUCUCCACACCUUCCCAAGAUGCUGAAGAUCAAGAUAUGGGUAUGGAGGACAAUGAAGAACAAGAUGAUAGAAAAGGUUGCCCUACCGUUGGAGGCCAGAGCGAAGCAGUGAGCGGGACCAAUAAACUCCUCAACUUUGACGCAGAUGAGGACGAGGAAAAUGCUUUCAGUGAUGACCCCGCACUGGAUGCUGCGAAGCUUAAUAAGAAGAACUACCUUCUAAGUGACUGUUGGCCUACAGCUUCUGCGUCAAGUAAGCCAAAUACCAUCCAACAGGCUACUUCUACAUCUACAUCCUCAAAAAACAACAAGCAAGCAGCAUCUUCGUCUUCUUCUUCGCGCAACAAUAAUAGCAACUCGACUACUUCCUCUGCAACUGCAUCUUCGCGCAACAACAGGAACAAGAAGCAGAUGGACGACCUGCUUAACAAUGCCAGUCGAGGACCCGAAGCAAAGGAGC